UUCUCUUCUACUACUUGCCGACUCAGGUAUGAGGCCGGUAAUAUCAACAGUGAGGACAAACGCAGGCCUCCUCUCUCCUUCCACACUGAGUCCAAACCCACAGUCACUGGGUCCUGAUUGUGACAGUAGAGCCCAGUUUGCAUUGCAGGGUCCAGAGAUGGCAUCAGUGAAGCUGGAAGACUGCAGUCAAACACUGGAGCUGAAUGUCAACAUUAAAGAUGAAGAAGAAGAGGAGAAGAUUGGAACAUCUGUUUCUCAUGGACUAGAAUUAAGUCUGAGGCCGGUAACAUCAACAGUGAGGACAAACCCAGCCUGCCUCUCUCCUUCCACACUGAAGUCCAAACCCACAGUCACUGGGUCCUGAUUGUGACAGUGGAGCCCAGUUUGCACUGCAGGAUCCAGAGAUGGCAUCAGUGAAGCUGGAAGACUGCAGUCAAACACUGGAGCUGAAUGUCAACAUUAAAGAUGAAGAAGAGGAGGAGAAGAUUGGGAAAUCUGUUUCUCAUGGUAUGAGGCCGGUAACAUCAACAGUGAGGACAAACCCAGCCUGCCUCUCUCCUUCCACACUGAGUACAAACCCACAGUCACUGGGUCCUGAUUGUGACAGUGGAGCCCAGUUUGCACUGCAGGAUCCAGAGAUGGCAUCAGUGAAGCUGGAAGACUGCAGUCAAUCACUGGAGCUGAAUGUCAACAUUAAAGAUGAAGAAGAGGAGGAGAAGAUUGGGAAAUCUCUUUCUCAUGGACGGCUAGAAUUAAGUCUGGGGCCGGUAACAUCAACAGUGACGACAAACCCAGCCUGCCUCUCUCCUUCCACACUGAGUCCAAACCUACAGUUACUGGGUCCUGAUUGUGACAGUGGAGCCCAGUUUGCACUGCAGGAUCCAGAGAUGGCAUCAGUGAAGCUGGAAGACUGCAGUCAAACACUGGAACUGAAUGUCAUCAUUAAAGAUGAAGAAGAGGAGGAGAAGAUUGGGAAAUCUGUUUCUCAUGACUCAGGUAUGAGGUCGGUAACAUCAACAGUGAGGACAAACCCAGCCUGCCUCUCUCCUUCCACACUGAGUAGAAACCUACAGUCACUGGGUCCUGAUUGUGACAGUGGAGCCCAGUUUGCUCUGCAGGAUCCAGAGAUGGCAUCAGUGAAGCUGGAAGACUGCAGUCAAACACUGGAGCUGAAUGUCAACAUUAAAGAUGAAGAAGAGGAGGAGAAGAUUGGGACAUCUGUUAGUCAUGGACGACUAGAAUUAAGUCUGAGGCCGGUAACAUCAACAGUGACGACAAACUCAGCCUGCCUCUCUCCUUCCACACUGAGUCCAAACCUACAGUCACUGGGUCCUGAUUGUGACAGUGGAGCCCAGUUUGCACUGCAGGAUCCAGAGAUGGCAUCAGUGAAGCUGGAAGACUGCAGUCAAACACUGGAGCUGAAUGUCAACAUGAAAGAUGAAGAAGAGGAGGAGAAGAUUGGGAAAUCUGUUUCUCAUGGAGACCGUGUUGAGACAUUCUCUACAUCCAGAGUGGAACAGCAGGAAGAUUACAGAGCUAAGAGGUCUCACCCCUGCCCACAUUGUGAGGAGAUUUUCCCAUUUCUAUCAAAGCUGAAAGUACACCUAAAAAUACACACAGGAGAGAAUCGGUAUUCCUAUACUGACGGUGGGAAGAAUUUCACAACAUCCAAGGCUCUGACAGUUCAUCAGAGAGUGCACACAGGAGAGAAGCUGUUCUCCUGCUCUGACUGUGUAAAAUGCUUCACAACAUCAACUAGGCUAAAAGUUCAUCAAAGAACACACACAGGAGAGAAGCCUUACACCUGCUCUGACUGUAAGGCGAGUUUCUCUCUACUGCGCAACUUAAAACGACAUGAACGUAUACACACAGGAGAGAAGCUUUACUCCUGCUCUGACUGUAAGGCGAGUUUCUCUCUACUGUGCAACUUAAAACGACAUGAACGUAUACACACAGGAGAGAAGCCUUACUCCUGCUCUGACUGUGGAAAGAGUUUCUCUCUAUUGGGCCACUUAAAAAGACACCAACAUAUACAUACGGGAGAGAAGCCUUACUCCUGCUCUGACUGUGGAAAGAGUUUCUCUCGACUGGGCCACUUAAAAACACAUAAACAUAUACAUACAGGAGAGAAGCCUUACUCCUGCUCUGACUGUGUAAAAUGCUUCACAACAUCAACUGAGCUAAAAGUUCAUAAAAGAACACACACAGGAGAGAAGCCUUACUCCUGCUCUGAUUGUGUAAAAUGCUUCACAACAUCAACUAGGCUAAAAGUUCAUCAGAGAACACACACAGGAGAGAAGCCUUACAUCUGCUCUGACUGUGCGGCGAGUUUCUCUGUACUGUGCCACUUAAAACGACAUGAAAGUAUACACACAGGAGAGAAGCCUUACUCCUGCUCUGACUGUGCGGCGAGUUUCUCUCUACUGUGCAACUUAAAAAGACAUCAACGUUUACACACAGGAGAGAAGCCUUAUCACUGCACUGACUGUGAGAAGAGAUUCUACAGAUUGGGCCAUUUAAAAAGACACCAAUGUAUACAUAAAGGAGAGAAGUUUUCUCAGACCAGCUAAGAUUAGACACUCCACUUAAUUCUCAUGUCAUUAAAUAAUUGGCAACGUUGAAUUGAAUCAAAUGAAGAAAGCGUAGAACACUUAAUUGUUAUCCUGUUGUUUCUCACUGUGAGAGAACAAUACAGAGGGAAUGGAGCAUUCUAGAAUGUUAGCCUGUCUUUACUGAUCAGUGUACACCUUGACAGUUUUGGUGAGUGUUAGCAUCUACUGUAAAGAUAUUGAGAUGACCUUGGAUUUGCCCUUAAGGUUGAAUAUCCUUUGGGAGGCGUCUCACAGUGGAGUCUGAUGGGUAACUGAGUGGUACUGCUUCACUCUGCAGUUUUCUGUGGGAAAGAGCUAGUAGACACAACAUGCACUGAGUGUACAAAACAUUAACGACACCUGUUCUUUCCUUGACAUAGACUGACCAGGUGAACCCAGGUGAAAGCUAUGAUCUUUAAUGAUCUAGUUGUUGUGUAUUUAUUAUAGAUCCUCAUUAGCUUUCAACAAAAAACAAACUGUGGUUGCAGUGGGCUAAGGAAUGAAAACACUGGACACUGGAAAAUUGGAAACAUACUGCCUGGUCUGAUGAAUCCCAGUUCCUGCUGUUUCAUACUGAUGGGAGGAAAUGGUGGAAAAAGUAUCUAACUGUCAUACUUGAGUAAAAGUAAUGAUACCUUAAUAUAAAAUGACUCAAGUGAAAGUGAGUCACCCAUUAAAAUACUAC